AUGCUGAAGACGUCUCCCGCUUUGUCUGCCAAUGCUUCGCCAAAUACCUUUCGAUAUGCGACCUCCUCUCCUCAACACUCCUCAAAGCCUUCGCCAGCUCUCCGGCGGCGGCCUUCUUCUCGCUCCAACGCUUCGCCUUCCGCCGACGCCAUGAAGUCCUCUCCAAUACAACGUCCGAGACAAUACGUCGCAAAUGACUCUGGCAUACACGGGUCCCCCGCAGAGGCUCAGCGACCACCGUCAUCACUCUCUCAAAAGGUCUCUGCGCAUUCUUCGCAAUCGCCUCAUCCUGCUGCCGCCCCCUCACGGCCUCCCCAGGAUCCCGUCGUGCAACCAGACUCAGCUCCAAGCGGGGUGUCACCAACUAAACGUCGAAGCUCUCCCGCCCCGAUCAACUCAGAAGCCACUGCCGCUGGAAGUUCAUCGCAACAAACAACUAAACGCCCGAAACCUGAUACGCCACCACCAAAAGUACUGCCGGAUCGCUAUGAGCUCUGCGCCAUUGAGGAUAUAGUAGAACUGGUUGCGCAUAUGCUGGCCGAGUUGAUCGCUACAAAUGACGCCAUCCGGAUAUCGAAUGGUGGCUUGACACGCUUUCACUCAAGAACAGCACCUGGAAUCUCUGUUCGAGAUUACCUCCACCGUUUGGCUAGGCAUGCGACAUUAACACCGCCACUUCUGCUGGCCAUGGUUUAUUAUAUUGAUCGAUUAUGCGCCAUGUAUCCGGAAUUCACUAUCAAUACGUUAACUGUGCAUCGGUUCCUGAUCACUGCUGCCACAGUUGCUGCCAAGGGGUUAUCAGACUCUUUCUGGAACAAUACCACUUAUGCCAGGGUUGGUGGAGUUCGGGUGGCAGAACUAAAACUACUAGAACUAGAAUUCCUCUAUCGUGUGGAUUGGAAAAUAGUCCCAAACCCUGAAGUCCUCGUGGCAUAUUUUAAAGGCCUAGUGGAACGAACACCAGGAUAUGUUCUGGAGUCAGAUGGUUCAGAAGACGAGGAUGAGGACGAGGACGAUGAUGCUGACGACGGAGAAAACGCCGACCUUAACGGUUAA